AUGGGAAUUAUGACUAUUUCACAUGAUUAUAAUGCAAAAGAGGACGUUUCGGCGGCGCAGAUGAGCACCUCCGGGCAUGAGGACGAAAUGCAAAGCAGUGCAAGCGUAUCAGGCACAUUUGAAACAUCGUCGUUUGCACAAUCGGAGCCAUCGACUAUGGCCCCCACGGUGCGAGCCGAUUUGCACGAUAUCGCACUCCCUGCAUACGCAUGUGCGUAUUGUGGUUGCAGCUCGCCCCAGAGCGUGAUCCAGUGCACGGUGUGCAAGAGGUGGUUCUGCAACGGGCAGAACGGUGCAAGGGGGUCGCACAUCGUGAUCCACAUGACGAUGAGCCACCAUAACAGCUUGGCGUUGCACCCGGAGUCGGAGAUGGGCGACACGCCUUUAGAGUGCUACAAGUGCGGGAACAAAAACGUGUUUUCGCUGGGCUUCGUGGCAGCCAAGGAGGAGUCGGUCGUGGUGCUCUUGUGCCGUCUGCCGUGCGCGCAGACGAAGCAGAACCCGGAGUGGGACAUGGAGCACUGGCAGCCGCUCAUUGAGGGGCGGCACUUGUUGCCAUGGCUUGCACGGCCUCCCCAGGACGACGAGAUGGUGUCCGGGGUUCCCGGGAUGAAGCAGAUCUCGGACCUGGAGGCCAUGUGGCGUGAGAGCGGGCAGCAGGCGGCUUCAGACGGCCGGAAGAUUGGAAGUGUGGAUGAAUCUGGCGUCGAGGACGCCGGAGGGGAUGCUGUGGAGGCACUGGAACCAGUGCAGUUGGUGUACAAGGACGGGUUCGAGUACCAGCGGACGUUCGGCCCGUUGGUGGAGGCGGAGGCGAACUACUUCCACCGAGUGAAGGAGUCGAAGAUCUUGAAAGAGAUCAAGGUGCGGUGGUCUGUGGGCGUGAACAAGAAGAAGAUGGCGUCGUUCAUUUUGCCGUCGUACGAGUUCGCGGAGUUCAAGAUGGCGGUUGGCGACGAGAUCCGGCUGUCGCACGAGGCCGUGCCAGAAUUGGACGCCUGGCAGGACUCCGGGUACGUGGUGCGUCUGCCCGGCCCGUCGACGGAGGAGCUGACGGUGCAGAUGCGGUCGAAAGACGCGCCGAUGCACGUGCAGCAGGGGUUCUCAGCCGAGCUCGUGUGGAAGAGCGUGCCGUACGACCGGAUGCAGGAGGCAUUGAAGCGGUUCGCGUUGGACCAGAAGUCUGUGUCCAAGUAUCUUUACUACAAGUUGCUUGGUAAGGAUCAGCCCGCCGAGACUUUUGAUGUGGAGUUGCCCGCGCGUCUUUCGGUGAGCAAGGAGCUGGAGUUGAAUGCCUCGCAGCUGAAUGCCGUGCAGACGGCCUUGCGAAACCCGCUCACGCUCAUCCAGGGGCCUCCUGGUACGGGAAAGACGGUUACGUCUGCCACGAUAGUGUAUCAGUUGUGUCGGAUGCGGCGGAGUGGUAAGGCUAAGGGUAAGGCUAAGGAUAAGGCCAAGGAUAAGGGGGGGAAGGAUAAAGGUAGCACACGCAAACCUCCCCCGGUGCUCGUGUGUGCACCGUCAAACGUGGCUGUGGACCACUUGACGUUGCAGCUUGCACGGCUCGGGCUCCGCGUGGUGCGUGUGGCGGCACGCGGGUGGACGUGCGACCAGGAGGAGGUGGAGAAGUGUAGUUUGGACAGCGUGGUGGCGCGGACGGCAGGCGGGCGGCUCCGGAGGCUGCUGCGCCGGCGGGAGGAGACCGGGGAGCUUUCGGAGCAGGAGUACCGGGAGUACACGUCGCUGGUGAGGGCCCGGGAGGCGGCGGUGGUGACACGGGCAGAGGUGGUGUGCUGCACUUGCGUGACGGCGGGCAGCGGGCAGCUACCGGGCCACUGGGCGGCGUGCACGGUGUUGAUCGACGAGAGUACGCAGGCGACGGAGCCGGAGUGCCUGAUCCCGAUCGCCCGGGGCGCCCGGCAGGUGAUCCUGGUGGGAGACCACCAGCAGCUCGGUCCCGUGAUCGGCGACCCCCGGGUUCGCAGCCUGGGUCUGGGCCAGUCACUUUUCGAGCGGCUGAUCUUGCUUGGCAACACCCCGGUCCGCUUGGAGGUCCAGUACCGCAUGCACCCGGGGCUUGCGGAAUUCUCGUCAAACGUGUUUUACGAGGGCUCCUUGCACAACGGCGUGUCCGCUUCGCAGCGCUCCGGGGCUGCUUCCGGGUUCCCCUGGCCUAUCUCCGGUUCCCCACUCAUGUUUUGGGCCUGCUUCGGCCCAGAGGAGCUCUCAUCCUCCGGCGUGUCCUACUUGAAUCGCACAGAGGCCACAAACUGCUUCAAAAUCGUCUCGCGAAUGUUUUCUGCCGGCGUGUCCCCCGAGCAGAUUGGCAUUGUGACACCCUACGAGGGUCAGCGUCACUUCAUCUCCUCGUACAUGCUGCUUAAUGCCUCCCCGGACAUCACCGACGCCCUCCAGCACGUCGAGGUGGUCUCCGUGGACGCGUUCCAGGGCCGCGAGAAGGACUUCAUCAUCUUCUCGUGCGUCCGAUCCAACGACUUCCACCAGCUCGGCUUUCUCCGCGACCCCCGCCGGCUCAACGUCGCCUUGACCCGUGCCCGUUAUGGCCUCAUCAUCCUCGGCAACCCCAUCACACUCUCCCGCGACCGCUUGUGGGCUUCGCUCCUCCACUACUACCGGGAUCGAGGCUGCCUUGUCGAGGGGCAGCUUGGCCGCAUGCGUGUGUGCUCCGUGCGGCUUGGGGCCCCAGCCUAUGCCCGGCCCAGCCCACGUGCCCAGAUGUACCAGAAAUCCAACUACCGCGAGUCCGAUACCGCUACUUUGGUUUCUUGCGAUGCCUCUGUUCUGGGAGGCCAGGAAAACAACCCCUGGCCAACCAUCGACCAGGCUGAGCACUAUUCUUACGCCCGGAAGGGCAAUUAUGGUGACCAGGAGCAAGAUUCCGAUGACCAGGAGCAAGAUUAUGGUGAUCAGGAGCAAGAUUCUGAUGAUCGGGCCUCCCGAAGUGUCAUCGAGAGCUUCACCAACAAGUUUGCCAGCGAGUUUACUUUUUGA